AUGGUACGCCAGUAUAUCAAUGUCCUAUGUAAAAGGGAUGAUAGGGCUACCAGGUUCAAUAUAGAGAAAGGGCCCAGUGAUAAGUGGUUCCGGGGAUUUUUGAAAAGGCACCCUGAACUAUCAGAGAGGGAAUCCGAGGCCCAAGACAGGGGGAGAAGUAGGAUGGCCAACCAAAAUGUCAUGAAUCAAUACUUUGGUCUUCUUUCCGACACCAUUGAAAAACUUGGCCUACAAAGGAAGCCACAGUGUAUUUUCAACUGUGACGAGACAGGGUGGUCGGGAAAAGAAAAAAGCAAACAGAAAGUCUUUGGGGUAAAGGGGCAACAUUGCUACCAGAAGAAAAUACUAAACACAGGCCAUAUAACAGCACACCUAUGCAUAUCGGCUGAUGGCAAAGUCCUUCCUACCUUUUUAAUAUUCGAAAAAUCACUUCCCCACACCUCCUACAAGGAUGGUGUUCCACCAAAUUGGUUAUUCGGAUAUUCAGAAACCGGCUAUAUGGACUCGGAGCUUUUCAAGACAUGGCUUAGGGAUUUAUUUAUUCCUAAUUGUGGCAAUGAGCGUCCAGUCCUCCUUAUCAUGGACAAUCAUGACUCCCAUAUAAAUGUAGAUGUAAUCAAACUGGCAAGAGAGAAUGGUGUUGAACUGGUAGGGUUACCUCCACAUACCACCCACAUUUUGCAACCUUUAGACGUUCAAAUUAAUGGUCCAUUAAAAUCUAAAUUAAACUCCCUUGCUAUGAACCUUGGAUUUGUCAAUAAACAUCAAGUUUUAAACAAAGCCAGAUUCCCUGCUGUACUGUCACAGGCCAUUGACCAGUUCUGCUCACCUGGAAAUGUGAAACAGGCCUUUAGAAAAGCAGGUAUCUAUCCACUCAACCCUGAUGCAAUAGAUAAAACGCAACUUACACCAUCUCAUAGCACCACAUUAGCACAAUCAUCUCCUACAAUACCCUCUCCCUUAUCACAGCAAUCCUCUUCAUUGGAACUGUCCACCUCAGCAAUGCCUUCUACUUUAGCACAACCUUCUACCUCAGCACUGUCUUCUACAUCAGCACUGUCCUCGUCCUCGGCACCGCCCUCUACCUCUGUCCUGCCCUCUACUUCGGCACCGCCCUCUACCUCUGUCCUGCCCUCUACUUCGGCACCGCCCUCUACCUCUGUCCUGCCCUCUACUUCGGCACCGCCCUCUACCUCUGUCCUGCCCUCUACCUCGGCACCGCCCUCUACCUCUGUCCUGCCCUCUGCCUCGGCACCGUCAUCGUCUGAAAAGUCCUCUACUUCAUCACAAGCUUCCUCUUCCACUUCUAUCUGUAAAGAGUGUGGAACUUUUCUAGGGGGUAACCCACUUGUAACAGAGGGUCUUAUACCUCAAGCGAUGGCUGAUCUUUUUCAACCUGUACCUGCUAAACCGUAUGUUGCCAGGAGAAAGCUUGUCACCGAGUCAAGAGUAAUAACGAGUGGAAGUUUUUUACAGCAACUGGAGGAAAAAGCAGCUGAAGAAAAAAACAAGAAAGAGGCAACAGUUAAGAGAAAGAGAGAGAGAGAGAGGAAAAGAAACAGCAAAAAGAGAAUGAGAAAAAAGUCAGACGACCGCGAAAGCAACAAAAAACCAAUAAGAAAGAAGUCUACAAAUGUAAAGUGUGCUUGCUGAGUGACCCUUUGGACAAUGAGGAUGAAGAAACUCUCUGGGUACAGUGCUGCCAAUGUGAUAUUUGGUACCACCCAGAGUGUGUUGGCCUCAGCCAGGCAGACUUGGAGGAUGACACUUUCAUCUUCAAAUGUGCACCAUGUCUUGAUGCUGGAGAGGAAUAAUCUGCAACAUAGUACAUAUAACACACAUUAUUGCUUUGCUUACAUAUCUAUAUUUUAUAUUUUUUUCAUUUCUGGUUUUGAUUUCUAAUCUACACAAAUCAACUAACGUACAUGACAAAA